AUGGCGACCCGUAUCCAGUUUGAGAACAACUGUGAAGUUGGUGUUUUCUCCAAGCUCACAAAUGCCUACUGUCUGGUUGCAAUUGGAGGAUCAGAGAAUUUCUACAGUACAUUUGAGUCUGAGCUUGCAGAUGUCAUUCCUGUGGUCAAGACCUCUAUCGGUGGCACUAGAAUAAUUGGUCGCCUCUGCGUUGGAAACAAGAAUGGACUUCUCUUGCCACACACAACCACUGAUCAAGAGCUUCAGCAUCUGAGGAACUGCAUACCUGAUCAAGUGGUUGUUCAGCGCAUCGAUGAAAGGCUGUCUGCCCUUGGCAAUUGCAUAUCCUGCAAUGACCAUGUUGCGCUCACACACCCUGACCUUGACAAGGCAACUGAGGAGCUUAUUGCAGAUGUGCUUGGGGUUGAGGUGUUCCGUCAGACGAUUGCAGGAAAUAUCCUUGUUGGCAGCUACUGUGCAUUCUCUAACAGGGGUGGACUGGUCCAUCCUCACACAUCCAUUGAAGAUCUUGAUGAGCUGUCCACACUCCUCCAAGUCCCUCUUGUCGCUGGAACCGUGAACCGUGGUAGCGAGGUCAUUGCUGCGGGCAUGACGGUGAACGACUGGACCGCCUUCUGUGGCUCAGACACCACGGCUACCGAGCUGUCCGUCAUUGAGAGCGUCUUCAAGUUGAGAGAAGGCCAGCCCACGGCGAUCGUCGAUGACAUGAGGAAGUCGCUGAUUGACAGCUAUGUCUAA